GGAAAUUAGAAAAAAAAAGUUGGAAGGAGGCAAAGAGAGGGGCCCGCUCGCUUUGGCGCUUUUGGCGGCUGUUCUUUCAAAGAAACCUCCUCUCAGUACACCAAAAAGAAAAAGAAAAAAAACCUUCUCUCAAACCAAAACUCAUUUAUUGAUUUCAUUAUCUUUAACCAAUCAUCCGCUCUCUUCAAUUUUCAACUUUUUUUCUUUUUUAAUAAGUCUAGCUCUUCUUGGUUUUGUACGAUCAACUGGUUCCUUUCUUUUCAUAGUUUAUUGCUGGAUUAGUCUUUGAACUUCCGGUUGACCCAUUUGUGUUGCGGGUAAUACCCAGAUCGGAGCCAGCGGCCAUUUGAGUGUAUUUAUCUGUACAGAAAGGAAACCAUCUGGGUGUUUUCUUUGGUUAAACUUCUUUUAAAUGUCUAAAAUGGGAAGAUGAAAUGCAAUAGAUCGAGGUUUGGAUUAAGGUCACGAAGGAUAAUGGGUAUUUGUUUCAGUAUCGAGAAUGAGCAACUGUCUCAACAACAACCACAUUUAUCUUCUGCCAAAAAAGCAGGAGAAGAUUUUGACCACUCUCCAAGUAAACUAAACAAGCCAGACUCAAUUGGGGCCAAAAGUGCAAGCAGCAAUCAGUUGGUCCCCAAGAAUGUCACUGACCUUCGCCAGAGUCCUGGAUAUGGUAAUGUUGAUAUCUUUACAUAUGAAGAAAUGACAUUGGCCACGAAGCAUUUCAGACCAGACUAUAUUCUGGGCGAGGGUGGAUUUGGUGUUGUUUAUAAGGGUGUCAUUGAUGCGAGCGUAAGGCCUGGCUAUGAGACCAUAGUCGUCGCCAUUAAAGAGCUUAAUCCUGAUGGGUUACAAGGUGACAGAGAAUGGCUGGCGGAAGUCAAUUAUCUAGGGCAACUUAGUCACCCAAAUCUUGUGAAGCUAAUUGGUUAUUGCUGUGAAGAUGAACACAGGCUAUUGGUCUAUGAGUACAUGGCAAGUGGGAGCUUGGAGAAACAUCUUUUUCGUAGAGUGGGUUGCAUAUUGACUUGGUCAAAAAGAUUGAAGAUUGCUUUAGAUGCAGCCAAGGGCCUUGCUUUUCUUCAUGGUGCUGAAAGAUCAAUUAUAUACCGUGAUUUUAAGACAUCCAACAUCCUACUGGAUUCGAACUUCAACGCAAAGCUUUCAGAUUUUGGGCUUGCAAAAGAUGGACCAAUGGGAGAUCAGACACAUGUAUCAACACGGGUCAUGGGUACUUAUGGAUAUGCUGCACCUGAAUAUGUAAUGACCGGGCACUUAACUGCCCGAAGUGAUGUUUAUGGUUUUGGAGUAGUGCUGCUUGAAUUGCUACUUGGAAGGAGGGCAUUGGAUAAGGGCAGACCAAGCCGAGAACACAACUUGGUUGAGUGGGCACGACCACUUCUGAACCAUAAUAAGAAGGUUCUGAGGAUAUUAGACCCACGAAUGGAAGGGCAGUACACGGUUAAAACGGCAAUGAAAGUUGCCAAUUUGGCAUAUCAAUGCCUUAGCCAAAAUCCAAAAGGGAGACCCCUGAUGAGCCAGGUGGUUGAAUUACUUGAAGGUGUUCAGACCCAGGAUGAAGAUGCAUUUUUUCAAAGCAAUGACACAGGAGUGACUCUUUAUGAGGAUCCGGGGCUUUCCCCAUUUACUCCGCACGGGAAAAAGGAUCCAACUACAAGGAGCAAUCAAUCGAAAGGAAGAAGCAAUUCUGAGCCGUCGGUCGAUCAUGAUCUUUAUCCAACCUCAAGUCCACAGAGGAACUAAGCAUUUACCGUAGCUGAGUUUGUAUCAAUAUGGAUGGAAGUUGAAAUUGUAAGAAAUUGUAUCAACUUGUCUAUCCAAUUUGAUGUUUCGAAAUUGCUGUCUUCCCCAAAUUCUGACAGUCGCCAAACAUCAGCACGCAAAUACCCUGAACAUGUAGUCUAAUUUCGAAUUUUGUUCAUCUUCGUUUGCUUUUUCUUAAAUAAAAAAUUGCAUUAUCCUAGAA